AUGGAUAAGCCUCUCGAACAGAACACCAUGGAGGUCAUUGCUCAAGCCAAGAGCAGGAGUACCGUAUGUCCGGAUGGACUGCAAGCAAAAGAUGGCAUCGACGAGAAAGCACCGUCUGUGCGUGUUGAUCAGGAGUCCAUAUCAAAGACCAACAUGGAGUUCGAUGGUCAGGAUGGAGUCAAAAAGAUUGAAGCAAUGACUGUGGUUUGGACCAAACCAUGGCUGAUUACCGCUUAUGUAUUUGUCUGGGUCAUCUUCUUCGUGAACUCUCUGCAGCAACAGGCAAGCUUCGCAUGGACCCCCUAUGUCACCAGUUCCUUCGCACUUCAUGGCCUUACAGCCAUCACUGGUGUUGUUUCCAAUCUUGUCGGCGGUGUUUCCAAGCUCCCCCUGGCAAAGUUCAUAGAUGUUGUCGGUCGCCCGCAGGGAUUCUUACUGAUGUUAAUCUUCACAAUUCUCGCUCUGGUUCUCAUGGUUGCUUGUAAAAAUGUCCAAACAUUCGCCGCUGCACAAGUGUUCUAUUGGACAGGUAUGAACGGAAUCGGCUAUGUGCUGGACGUCUUCAUUGCCGAUACAAGCAGUAUGAAAAACAGGGCCCUUUUAAUGGCCUUUACCACGACUCCCUACAUUUCCAACACAUUCGCUGGUCCAGAGCUAGGUCAACGGUUCUUAGAUGAUAGUACAUGGCGAUGGGGCUUUGGAGCCUUUGCCAUCAUAACCCCAAUCAUGUGCGUUCCUUUCUGGACCAUCUUCGUUGUCAUGAUGCGCAGAGCGAAGAGACAGAAUAUCAUAGUCAAGGAGAAAACUGGACGGACUUUUUUGGAAUCUGCGUAUUACUACCUCAUUGAGUUCGACGUUAUCGGCCUACUCCUCAUUGUCGCAGGCUUCUCCCUUGUCCUCCUACCGUUCAGUCUCGUCAGCUACCAAAGGGAAGGGUGGGAGUCACCAAUGAUUAUUUGCAUGUUGGUGUUCGGCUUCGUAUCCCUAGGACUCUUUGCCGCUUGGGAGAAGUACCUGGCACCAAAGACCUUCUUCCCCUUCCACCUCCUUACCAACCGAUCUGUCCUCGCAGCCUGCGUCGUCUUCCAGCUCUCUGUCUCGAAAGCCGGUUACAUAAACAACAUCUUCAACAUCGUCUCAUGCGCCUGGGGCGUCAUCAUCGCAAUUGCCAUCCGCAAAUUCGAUCGCUUCAAGUGGGCAAUGCUCAUCGCCAUACCAAUCAACAUCGUGAUGACCGGUCUCCUCAUCCACUUCCGAGCCGCUGGUUCGGAGAUCGCCGCCCUCGUCGUGGUCGAAGUAUUCAACGGCAUCGCAGGCGGUACGCUAGUAAUCUGCGAACAGCUUACCGUCAUGUCUGCCGUACCGCAUGAACACGUCGCCGUCGCCCUGGCUCUCCUUGACAUGGUGACAUCAGUCGGCGGCAGCAUAGGAACGGCGAUCUCGGGCGCUAUCUGGACGAAUGAAUUACCCAGCAAAUUGAUGCAGUAUCUGCCGGAGGAGACGAAGGGGAACGCAACGCUUAUAUACGCGAGUUUGGUCACACAGUUGGAGUAUGAGUGGGGGAGUCCGACGAGAGAGGGAAUAGUGAAGGCGUAUGAGGGUACGCAGAAACUGAUGGUGAUCACUGGAGCAGCUACGCUGGUGCCGUGCUGCAUCUGGGUGCUUUUUAUCAAAAACUUCAGGUUGAGUGAGCACAAACAGAAAGGAGGGCUUGUGCUGUGA